CAUGUCUGGUGGGCGGCGUGAGGCCACCCACAGGGGGAGGUCCGGGACUGCAGGAGCGCCCAACACCCGCUCUGGGGGGUGCAGAAGGUGGUGGUGGCUGCAGGGAGGGUGCGACGGAGGUGCAGCACCCACGGGGGUGUGCAGAGGCAGAUGUGCAGGGAUGGGGUGCAGGGUGCUGCAGCAGAUGCAGUGAGGGCAGCGGGUGCAGGGCCUGCAGCAGGUGAAGGAUGCAGCAGGUGCAGUGCAUGUGUGGGUGCAGUGAACUACAUCUAGCCAGUUGGUGCAGUACACGCAGCAGAUAGAGUAGGUGCAGUGCCUGUAGCUCGUGUGCAGCCAGUGCAAUGCACACUCUGGCUGCAGGAACUGCAGUGGGUUCAGUGUGUGCAGCACCUGCAGCAGACGCCACACACGCAGCUGAUGUGCAGCAGCUGCAGCACACACAGUGGGUGCAGUGCCUGCAGCAGCUGCAGCGGCUGUAUAGCAGCUGCAGUGCCUGCAGUGGGUGCAGUACACGCAGCAGGUGCAGUGCAUGCAACUCAACUUCCACUGCCCCCACAGCAGGUGCAGUGGAUGUGCAGGGGAUGCAGUGGGUGUAGUAGGUGCAGCAGUGCAAUGCCUGCAGCAGCUGCAGCACCCCCAGCAGGUACAGUGCCUGCAGUGGAUGUGCAGGGAAUGCAGUGGGUGCAGCAGCUGCAGUUCUGGGCUGCUGCCGCCGCCGCAUCCCCCCGAAGCCCACGCGCGGGGAGACCCCCGAUGACCCCGGGGCCGGUUUCAAACGGGGCGCCGGGGGGUCCCCGCGGGAGCAGCCCGAGCCGCCGGCGCUGUCACGGCCGCGGAGCCCCGCGCGGGGCCGUUUUCCCCCGGCGACGCGUGACGGCGGCCGCGCUCGGCCCCGCCAUUGGCGCGGGGCUCGGAGCCCACGGGCCGCGGCCGCCGGACGGGCCCGAGGCCGGAGCGAUGGGCGCUGCGGGACGGAGCGGGGCCCUGCGGCUGCUCGCGGUGCUGUGCGGGGUCCUGAGCGCCGCUGGCGACGGCGAGCCGGGGGCGCACUCUGUGGCCGAGGUGCUGUUCUGCCAGGCGGCCGUGCCCUCGCUGGGGCUGGCGCUCACCUUCGAUAGUGACCAGCUCUUCUGGUUCGACUUCCCCGGCUCCCGCUGGACCCCCAGCCUGCCCGACCUGCCCCCGUGGCCCCCGGCCCUGGAGCCCCCCGAGCAGCUCCUGCAGGAUGCCACGCUGUGCCAGGACCUGCGCAGCGCCCUCAGCGACGCCCUCACCGGCUACAUCCCAGAGGCCAAGGGCAUCCCGGCUGCCAACGUCUUCCCUCUGGAGCCGCCGGCGCUGGGCGAGCCCAACACGCUGGUGUGCAUGGUGGAGAACAUCUUCCCUCCUGCUGUGGACAUCACCUGGCAGCUCAACAGUGUCUCUGUCACCCGUGGGGUCACCCACACCCACUACACCCCCACGGACCAACUGACCUUCGUCCGCUUCUCCUACCUGCCCAUGACCCCCAGCGCCGGCGACGUCUAUUCCUGCGUCAUCACCCGCCAGGGUGAGAACAGCUCUGUCCUUGCCCUGUGGGCCGUCCAGACCCCGAGCCAGGACGAGGUGCUGGAGACGGCGCUGUGCGGCGCGGCCAUGGCGCUGGGCAUCGUGCUGGCGCUGCUGGGCAUCGCCAUGCUGCUGGUGGCACGUGGCUGAGCGUGGACGCGGCGCAGGGGCCGGUGCUGCUGAGCAGAGACAGCGACAGCUGAGGAGGGGGCUUGGGGGGG